CCCUGUGAGUGAAAGUGAAGAUUAAGCUGAAUUUCCGAGGGAGAAAGUUCAAGACUUGAACCAAAAGUGUGUGGUUCAAUAGUAGACGUUAUUAACUAUGUUUGUUCUCUCGUGUAUGAAUACACCCAAAGAUAUCAUCCUCUUCAACGGUGCCUCUCAAUCUUCAAUCGCCUUGACGCUUUUAUCUCUCUGAACGUAUAUACACUUAGUAUACCUAUACCUCUAGUUCUCUUCUGAAGUCUUCUUUGUGAGGGACCUCCCUUUUUUUAUGCUUCGUCUGCAAGCAAUGAGCUGGCGACGAGUCGCGAAGACUGUGCAGGCUCUCGCUGCCCACAGUUCUCUAUUCUGCUUCUCGGUUCUUCUUGUUCUCAAGCUCGAUCACUCCGUUUCUUACUCCUGGUGGGUAAUUUUCUUUCCGCUUUGGUUAUUCCAUGCAGUUGUUGCCAGAGGAAGAUUCUCCUUACCAGCUCCAUCAAUUCCUCAUGGCCGAGAUUGGGCUCCAUGUCAUGCUGUUAUUGCCGUCCCAUUGCUUGUGUCAUUUGAACUGCUGCUUUGUAUACAUCUUGAGAGUCUGUAUGUAAAUGGCUUUGAAGCUGUGAGCUUAAAGAUUGUAUUCCUCCCGCUGUUGGCACUUGAGAUAACCAUUCUUGUUGACAACUUCAGAAUGUGUAAGUCCCUUUUGCCAGGAGACGAUGAAACCUUGAGCGAUGGAGCAAUAUGGGAAACACUUCCUCAUUUCUGGGUGGCGAUCUCCAUGGUUUUCUUCCUGGCUGCUACUUUGUUCACACUUCUUAAGUUGUGUGGUGGUGCCAAUGCAUUAGGAUGGUGGGAUUUAUUUGUAAAUUUUGGGAUUGCUGAAUGCUUUGCAUUCCUUGUUUGUACAAAGUGGUCAAAUCCUUUAAUUCAUAACAAUUCUCAUAGACAAGAGACCAGCUCUUCCUCUUCGACAAUAAGAUAUCUAGACUGGAACAGUGGCCUCGUAGUUUCAUCUGACGAUCAUUCUACUGAUAGAUUAUGUGCUCUUUCGGAUAUUGGUGGCCAUAUUAUGAAGAUCCCAAUUAUUGGUUUUCAAAUCCUUCUUUGCAUGCAUUUGGAGGGAACGCCUUCUGGUGCUAGAUAUAUCCCACUUCCAAUUGUGUUCUCUCCUCUACUUCUACUGCAAGGUGUUGGGGUUCUGUUUGCUGCAUCGGGAUUGAUAGAAAAAAUCAUUUGUUUCCUUCAUGUAGGAGUUGUCAGUGGACAGUAUUUUAGUGUUUCUUCAAAACUACAGGACUGUUUUGGAUUCUUUUAUGAUGGAUCCAGGCUUCUUGGUUGGUGGUCAAUUGAUGAUGGUACUAAAGAGGAGAAAGCUCGACUUUUUCAAGAGGGUGCCUCUAGUUACAACACUUUUUGUGGUUAUCCUCCUGAAAUAGUUAAGAAAAUGCCAAAGAAGGAUCUUGCUGAGGAGGUUUGGAGACUUCAGGCUGCUCUCGGUGAGCAGACAGAAAUCACAAAAUUUAGCCAACAGGAGUUUGAAAAGCUUCAAAAUGCUAAGGUUUUAUGUAAAAUAUGUUAUGAGCGAGACAUUAGUGUGGUUCUCCUACCUUGCAGACAUCGAGGAUUAUGCAGCUACUGUUGUGAUAAGUGCAAGGAAUGCCCAAUUUGUCGCGUUGUAGUUGAAGAAUGGUUACCCGUAUAUGAUGUGUAACUUGAAAUAUCAUCAGCUAACUUUUUUUUUCAUUUCUGAAUAAAAGAUUUAUAGAGAAACUUUGUUAGAAGUUUAGAUAUAAUAGACAGUUUAACAUUGUACUGAUUUAACCCACAAAUAGGAGGAUAAAGAACAAGUAGAUGUUAUGACAGAUUGAUGUUUUUUCUUUGUAAAUGUAAUUUUCUUUUAUGGGUUGAAAUUGCAGUAAGAGCUUCAUUGUAUGUUACUGUUUGACUUAUGUAUAUAAAGCUCACAUAUUUAUUAGUGCCAA